AUGUUCCGACUCGAUUUUUCCAUCCUUUCGACACAACAAAUUUCCAUCCCAUCAUCAUUACAUUUAUUAUUCUCAUCAUUCCUCAUCAUCACAGCACUAGCCUCUUCCUUUCUCAUACAAGCAGCAAGUAUCACUUCUAAAUCCAUCGAUUUGGCAACUCUUCCUCUCGCUCCUUCUUCUCCUUCCAUUCCUGCUCAAAGUGGUUUCAUCACCACUCCGAAUGAUGCUCAACUUUAUUAUUUAUUGAUUCCAAAAUUGGGAUCUUCAAAGAUUGAUCCGAAUGUUCCAUUGCUGUUGUGGCUCAAUGGUGGUCCUGGAUGUAGUAGUAUGAUUGGAUUGUUUAUGGAAAUUGGUCCACUUCGAUUCAAACCUUCGAAUGAUCCUUCGACGAAACAACCAUCCUUGGUCGAUCAUACCAUGUAUUCAUAUUGUCAAUAUUAUCAUGUUCUGUUGAUUGAUAAUCCGAGUGGCGCUGGAUAUAGUUUUCCUGCUUCGAAAUCUCCAGAUAAUGCCAUGAAUGUUGGUUCUCAAUUUUUACUCUUUGCCAUGCAGCAAUUUUAUAAUCAAUUUCCACAAUAUGUGAACAGUCCAUUGUAUUUAUUUGGUGAAUCUUAUGGAGGAAAGUAUGUGAUUGGAUUGGCGAAUGCAAUUGCACAAUACAAUGAAAAGAAAAAACCAAGUGAAGUGACCAUUCCGUUGCAAGGAAUUGCGAUGGGAAAUGCUUGGAUUGCACCUGAUAUUCAGGAGAGAACUUAUGGAGAAUUGGCAUAUAUUGUGGGAUUGAGUGAUUAUACGGGAUUAGUUCGAGUCAAUUCGAAACAACACCUAUGUCAUGAAUUUGUCGAACAACAAAUGUACAAAAAAACAGGAAAUAGUGGUGCCUGUCAAUCAGCUCUCAAUGAAAUGUUACGAAAUGCAGGUGGUGUCAAUGUUUAUGAUUACAGACUUUUUGGAACAUACAGUGCCUUGGCACAAUUAGAAACCUAUUUGAAACGAGAUGAUGUUAAAAAAGUACUUCUCGGCGUGGAUGCCACUCUUGUGACCACUUACAACUAUGAACAAUGCAGUACUGAAAUUUGGGAUAAAUUCAGAGGUGAUUUUCAACAAAGUUAUUUGCCACAACUUGUUCCACUUCUCUCCAAAUACAAAAUUUUAAUCUAUAAUGGACAGUUUGAUUUGAGAUGUCCAGUUUAUGGUACCAAUGAAUAUUUUAGAUAUAUGGAUUGGUAUGGAAGAUUUAAUUUCAACUAUGAACCACAUUAUCCAAUUUAUUUGACCAAUUCGAAUGCAAAUGAUCCACAAAAAGCCAUCGGAAUUUUCAGAAAAUACGACAACCUGACACAAGUAGUGUUGUAUAAUUCGGGACAUAUUUCACCUCAUGAUAUUCCACAAGCGUCUAUUGAGAUGGUGAGACGAUUUUUAGACAACAAAUCAUUUUGUUCGUAUAGUAUUGCGUAUAAUGCAACGGGUGGUGGAAUGUGUACAGGUUCAUCAAUUACCACUCCACAAAAUAGCAUGACCAGUGACACGUUGUUGACACAAUGUCCGAACUUAUGUAGUGGCCAUGGCCAAUGCAAUGUUGCAACAGUUCCUGCCACUUGUCAAUGCUCACCAGGUUUCUAUGAGCAAGAUUGUUCCACAGCUAAACAUGACAUUACAUUUGGAAAGGAAGCUACCUAUCGAAGUAAUAUUAUAUUUGGAAAUACCAUCCAUUUGUAUCACUUAACAUUACCAUACAGCGAGUUGUCGAAUGGACUCUUUGAUAUUCAUGUGAAACUCACCAAAACUUCAAAACUUGGAAAACUGCACAUUUAUGCCAAAACGAGUAAUGAAACUUUUGUCGAAAAUUCACAAAUUGAUGAAUCGAAUAUUGAGCAAAUGAGACAACAAUUCCCAUUUCAUGAUUUGGAAGAUGUGAAUGAAAAAUCUCUCGAUAUGAAUGAAUUGUUCAGAAAUAGAACUCGACGUAUCACCAUUCUUUUGAUUAACACUGUCGACACUGAAUCCAUGUAUGAUUUGGUGAUAGAAUCAGAUGUGAGUGGAAAGAAAUUGAAUCCCUACCUUGUCACGAGCAUUGGAAUCUUUUCCUUCCUUUGCAUUACCACAAUAGUGCUCUUCAUGAUUUAUGUCGUUCAAUAUUUCAACGAUCAACGAAUUUUGAGAAGCAUGAAAUAUGAGAUUUCGCAAUAA